AUGAGCAAACAGAACGCUUUUGAUCAAAAGAAACAGGCCAUUUUAAAGGAGAUCAAUUCUCUACAGCCAGAUUUAUCACCUAAGGGUACUAUCGAUGAAUUAUGUUUGCCUAUCAUGCGCCUCAUUAACUCACAUAUAGAUAUGGUAACCACAUCUUCAUGCUCAGGUAGAUUAAGUGUCUUUGCAGAAGGUACUAAAAUGAUCAAAGGUGUUACCAAAGUGGGUGGUAAAGGUGAAGGUGGUAGAUGGUUAUAUGUUAGUCAUGACUAUAACAAGAUAAGUAACUGGUUCCUCGAAGCUAAGAAAGAAAACCAGUUCAGAGUUGAGAGUUCGAUUGAUAUUAGUAGUCGGCUAGAUGGUAACAACAGAUAUAUACUAUACAAAUACGAGCCUUUUAUUUUACAUGUAAAGUGUAGAGACUUUGCUAUGGCUUCCAAGUUAUAUAAUGUAGCAAUGUCCUGUGGCUUCAGAGAAAGUGGGAUAGGUUCCAAUUUUUUAGUUGGCAUUAGAAUAAACAUUAAAUUGGACGUGCCAAUUGGAUAUGUAGAUGAAGUUAAAGGUGAUAAUGUUUUAUUCGUAGAUCCAAAAUAUAUUGAGUUGUUAGAUCUUUUAACAUUAACUAAAUUCGAGGAAAAUGUUAAAAAAAUGCAGGAUUUAUAUAAUAAAAUAGAAGAAGAAAUUAUUAACGAGGUUAAAGAUAUUUUAAUAGAGCGUAAACUGACUAAAGAUGAAAUAAGAGAGAAGAAAAUAAACGAAGGUUUAGCAAGACAAAGAAAAAUUCAGGAAGAAAGACUGAAUUCACUUUCCUCAGAAACUGAAAAAAUUUCUAUAAAAUAG